AACAUACUCCGUCGCAACGGCAAAUCUUCGCAAGCAACUCCAGAAAAUGGAGGUGCAGACGCUACCAUACUAGCAGCGCGUGGUGUUCCAGAAAGAGUAGUCUGCCGAGAGGUCUUCCUGAGAGCAGAUGGAAGCGACAGGCCGAAGUUGUGAUCUUUCCGUUUGUUUGAGUUAGUUUUAGGUCGUAAAGUCAUUCUCGUAUAUUCUUUGAGUGAGAUGAAAUUGCAUUUGCAAGCUUUGCUGUCAUAAUGGAGGACCUUUUCCCCACCUUCCCGCACUCGUUGCGGCCCACAUCAGCCGCAGCAGCCUUCUAUGGGCUGCAGGCUUUGACUUUGCUUUGCUUGUGGAUUGCGGUGUAUGCCGGAAGUGGAGUCGAUUUUUUGCGGCUUGGUCAGAAACUCUCAAACACCGCACUGAAACCGCCCUGGUGCAGAAAAAGUCUCUUUCUGACGGUGUUGAGCGCCGGGGUGUACCUUCCGGCAUCCUACAGCAUCGUGCCGCUCAUGUUCGCCCAAGCAGUGUAUGUGGAACCCCUGCUUGCCCCGCGCGUCUUCACAACUACGCCCGGUAGUACUAGGGCUCCCUUAUCUGCCAUGUUGCUUGUGGCAGCGUUUCGUUCUGCGAUCGCUGUGGUAGUCACUAUCUUUCAGUUGGGCGACUCCUCUCGCACGAGCAGUCACCGAGAUUAUCUAAUGUUGUAUAACUGCUGGAUGUUAGCUGCAACUGGCUGGCUCAAUUUUUUUACGACGGGGCUCCUGACGACAGUACUCACCACCACUACGCGACCUCCACCCGCCUGGGACCAACUCGCGCAGGCUGUCGCCUUCGGUCUCUGUAUUUGGUACAUAUUCUCCUGCGGGGUAUCCAAAGUUUUUGUCGCCGGAUUCCGAAGCUGGGCUUUUGGAGAUACCCUACUCGCCAUACUCGACACGUUCUCGCAAAAGUCGCCCCGUGGUGGUGGCCCGGUGCUUGGCAGGCUGACGAAGUGGCUCGUUGCACAGGCCGCGCUAGUACAACCCACGGUGCGCUCCACCAAACAACAAAACCACUCGCUUGCGGAGCCGCUGCUACAGCAUCAGAAGAACCAGCAGCAAGAAUUUUUGACUUUCGAGGAUGCUGGCCACCCAGGAGUCGACGCGCGACCGUCGCUGACCAGCACUGGCACUUCUACCGCAAAAAUGGAAGCUGACUCGUCGUCCUGCUGUGGCCGCUGUGUGAGAGGGUUUCUGAAUCUUGCUGCGUUUUUCACUUUGGCGUUCGAGUUCAUCGCUGCCCCCGUGUGUGUGAUUCUGAACGUGGUGUCCGCUCUGAAUCCGUCCUGGUCGAGCGCCCGAGAUUGGGAUUCCAGCUGCCGACUCUUCAUCGGAGCGGGGAUGAUUUUUCUUCAUUUGGCCAUUAUCAAAUGUAAAAAUGUCUGGGUCUGGAUCUGGAAGAUUGCCAGGUUUGUCAUGCACAUUUUGCAUGACUCCCGAUGUCUGUGAUGCAUGCCCUAGCAUCACAGAUUGUGUGAGGGCUUCCUGAUGCCUAUACCGCAUGACAAAUGCUCUUGCCGUGUAGCAAAACUUGGACUCUCUUUGCUGCUCAUGCAAUACAGAUUUUUUUAGAAUCCAAAAUCAGCAUGACAAAUUGGAUUCUUCCAGACCCAGACAUUUUUACAUUUGAUAGCCAUCGGAGCUGUGCAAUCUGGGGCGAUCGGUGCGUUCUUUUUACCUUGUGCUGCAAGCUACGUGUACGGCCUCACUUGGAGGUCUAGUGGGGUCGUCGAAGUAGAAACGGCGAUGGGACAACUACCUCCACAGGAGGAGGAUGCGAGGUCGUUGUGGACGAACCAAGCAGCGGCUGUCGCUGUCCAAGCGCAGCAGGCUGCGGCGCCGUCAGUGGGACCACGACCAAAACAAGACAGUGUGGAUGCCGAUGCACCACAAGAAGUUAUAAUUUUACAAACCCUGGCUGCGCUUGUGCUAGCCUUCGCUCCCGUCGUGACUGGGUUCACCUGCUGCGAUAGUGGGCUGCUUCCAGAAAAAUGGCCCUUCACACCGAUGGCAUUGUUUCCGUGGAAUGCACAGCAGUGGAGUAUUUUGCACGAUUUGCUCCUCCGACAGGACACGCGAAUGAUUGCCGUUUCGAGGAAAAGCCUCGAAGGAGAUGCUGUCAUCUUACCAACUAGUAUUAAAGAUAUGGAAAAACCAGCCCUGGAAGGAGUUCGCGUAAUCCCAAUCGAGUACGACGCUGAAGUGCCAUUGAUGGAGCGCGAAAUCGGUCCUCGUCCGGGCGAGUCAGUAGUCGCCUAUGAUCUGUGGUCUCGGGUUAUUGGCAUCACGACCUUUCAAAAUCUCCUCCUCCAGGCAGUAUUCCAAAUCAUGGCCGACUUUCCCUUGUACACGGCCGCGGACGACGUACCGCCACAACAAGCAGUUCCCUCCAGCCCGACAUUGCAGUUUUUUCGGCUACACGCGGCGCAGCUCCUUCUGGACGCAACAGACUCCUUCUUAAAACAAGAGCAGCGCGUCAUUGAGGUAAGCACUGGCCGCGUCCUCACGGAGUGUGCCUUCGUGCGCGUAAACCCUAAAACUCUACGUAUCUCUGAAACGCUUGCCCUCCCGGGUACGACUAGAGCGAUACUUUCUACAAGUCCGAUUAUCGUACCGAAAAAGAAUACGUCAGCUACAUCUUUGGGUGCGAAACUGCACAUCUACCACAGUGCCCAAGAAGGCGAGCCGUUGUGCAUUUCUACUCAAGAUGACCUACGAUGUUCCGCGUUUUCUUCUGUAGUUUGGAUGGCUUCCUCGUUUUUUGCCGCCCGUUCUCCGACACACCACCGUGCGGUCGUCAGGAGGGACGGUGAUGUUUUACGGACUACGUUGGUUCUUUACAUGUUGACUAUCAGGGUUGUAUUCUGUUUUUUGCUUCCGAGGUCGGUACAAAUCAAAUCCCGGCCUGAGGUGCAGCUACUGGAUGCUUGCAAAACACUGGUAUAA